CCCUCCCCGGCCAUGGGGCUCGGCCGCCCGCCCGCUCCCCGCGCCCCGCCGUCUCAAACUGCUCUCCAUGGCUUAAAUGGGCAUCAAAGCAUGUCUCUCUGAUGGAAUGUACAUCCCCAAAUGAUCCAAUCCCUCAAGAACUAAUUUCCAAGAAAAAGAAUAACCACCCUCUUCUUUCUACAAUUUGCUUGUUUUAAUGUCUGGCUUACUCUUAUGUUCAAAACCUGAAUUUUAAUGCUGAUAUUGCUCCCUUUUAAAUAUUCUGGUACACAGAAAGACGGGUCUGUGUCCAUUAAACUCUCAUCAGGAGAGGGUAACAGCAGGACACAGAGAGGUGGAAGGAACUUGGAAGCACCCUGAGAAAGUGAAAGGAAAUACUUAGCUUUGCCUUUUUUAAGCCUGUUUGGGAAAGAUGAAGCUUCUUCCCUUACUGAUGAAGGUAUUGGAGUCAGUCUGUUCAACCUAAGCCCAGGGUGGUAACUGAUCUGUACCUGCUGCACCUUUUCCUUUUUGCCUUACACUGGACCCUGCAUUGUACUUGAUCAGCAGUGGUGGCAGAACCUGAGUGGGAAAGAUGGUUGUAAGGAGGAGAAAUGUGAAAAUGUUUACAUUCGCCUUUUUGCUCAUCACGGUAACAUCGUUUCUGCUGAACUACACACACCAAGUGACCACAACCACCUGGGAUCCGAGGCAUCUCGUCAUGCAGUUUUCAGAGCAAGUCCAAAAACUCUUCAAGUACCCCAGGAGACCUUGCAGCUGUCGCACGUGCAUUUCAGAGAUGGGACAUUCGCUCUGGUUCGAUCAGAGAUUUAAUUCAACUAUGCAACCUUUCUUGACCUCACAAAAUGCCUUGAUCCCAGAAGACAGCUACAGGUGGUGGCUGAAACUGCAAGCAGAGAAAGCUCCGAGGAAUUUGAACACUACUCUCACAGAAUUGUUUGGGGUCAUUCCCGGGGACGGGGAUCCCCUGCAGGAGAGAGGUACUUACACGUGCAGACGAUGUGCUGUCGUGGGCAACUCUGGGAACCUCCGGCAGUCGCAGUAUGGCCGAGAUAUUGAUUCCCAUGACUUUGUGCUCAGAAUGAACCGCGCCCCCACCACUGGCUACGAAUCAGAUGUUGGGAGCAAGACCACUCACCACUUUGUUUAUCCUGAGAGCUACAAAGAGCUGGCAGCAAAUGUGAGCAUGAUCCUGAUCCCCUUCAAAACCCUGGACCUGCGCUGGGUUGUCACUGCUCUCACCACAGGCACCAUCAACUUCACAUAUGUUCCAGUUCCACGGAAGAUCAAAGUCAAAAAAGAAAAGAUCCUGGUUUACAAUCCAGCUUUUAUGAAAUACAUCUAUGAAAACUGGCUAGAGCAUCAUGGGAGAUAUCCCUCCACAGGCCUUCUGUCUUUGAUGUUUGCUCUCCACGUAUGCGAUGAGGUGAGUGUGUACGGUUUUGGAGCAGACAGCAAAGGACACUGGCAUCACUACUGGGAAAACAACACUUCAGGUGGGGCUUUCCGGAAGACAGGCGUCCAUGAUGGGGAUUUUGAGUUCAAUAUAACUUUGACUCUUGCCUCCAUUGAAAAAAUUAAAUUUUUCAAGGGCAGAUGACCCUGGCCACGGGGAGGAGUGGGGGCUGCAAUUUCCAACAUGCAGCAGAACAAAGCUCAGUGAAGAUGAUCUGGGCGCUAGCCAGGUUUGAAGGCGUGGACCUGUGGUGGAAUCGGAGCAUCUCAGACUGCAGGGAACUGGGCCAAGGACCGGCCUCCAUGCUGCACAUGAUUUCCUAUCCACGAACAGCCGGGAGCUAUCAAUCAGUUGUGGGAAUAAAUUAGUCUCUGUUUAGGCUCUACGCCUUGAUUCUUGAAUUCCUGAUGAAAGAUCUGCCUGUUGCAAUUAGAGGAAACCUGGGCACAGGAACUGCUGUCUGUGUGUCCAUUCUUUCCUUGAGCAAGGCAGGAGAUCCCUGAAGAAGAGUGAAAACGACUUUUGGGACCCGAGACCCAUUAAGGCAGCUGUGAACAUCAUAGUAAGGAUUACCUCAAAGAAAUGAAUUCACUUCUGCUGUUGAUCUUCUUUUGAACUGUUUCUUCUGUUUUUUCUAUUACUUCUGUUUCCAUGCUGUAUUAAGGAAAAACAUGAUGAAGUUGCCUGGAGUAGUAAAUAUUUGAACCAUUGCCUCAUUCUGCAUUGAUAGGGUCUAGAAAAUAUGAAUCAAAACAUUUCUUAUCUUGUAGUAUUUAAUAUUGCUUCCUAUACAGCCAUAAUGAUGGGAGAAAACAGUACUGAAAACUCCAGAAAAAAAAAAUGGCCAUUUUAGCCACUUAUUUGUCUUGUUUGGUUAUAUGUAAUUCUUUUUCUUCUUUUUUUUCUUUUUUUUUUUUUUGGUGGAAAAUACUCUGGAAUGCUCUUUUUAUUUAAUCAAUUUAAAGUUGGAAAGUGGACUUUCUUCUUUAAGUCAUUUAUAUGUGCCUUUUAUAAUUGUGCAACAAAUGUGAUUUUUUUUUUUUAAGACGACAAACCCUAAAUUAAACUUUUUUAUAACGGGGGGGAAAUUAACCAAAGUUUAUCUUCUAUCUGGUACAUUUUUGUAGUCAAAACCAAUAAUAGCAACUCCUAUGUUGCAUUUGAGCAAACACAAACAAGACUAGUUUUUAAAGGUAGCUUUUACCUUUUUUUAUGGGAAAAUAUCCAAAAGUCCCAAGGAAACUUUUCUUCUUAUUUUUUUACAAAUUUAAAAAAGUGUUAUCUCUUUACAACGUCUAUUCAAAAUGGCAAAAAUAUCAUGAGUUGGGACACCAACUAGUAAUACAAUAAGAAUUGUUUGCUCUGUAGCUGGACCUACAAAGACACAAUCUGUGGAAGCUGAUCUUACAGCAUAAGACUUCAAAAUUAUGUGCAUCUCUGGAGGAAUGAGCAUGUUAAUGUCAGUACCUCUAGGCAGUGAGAGAAGGGAGGUUACAGUAGAGGUUUUGUAUCCACAGAUUUUUGCUGGAAUCAACACAUUUAAGCCUCAAGGACAGAUGAAGUAUGAAUCCAAGUUCAGGCAGUGAAGAAUGGAAAACAGUGGUGUUUUCUUCCUGAUUUCAUGAAAACAGGACUCAUGGGUUAUUGACCCAGUUUCAGCUCUGGUGAAGUCUGCCAGAGGCUUCAAGGGACUUCCAAUCAGGCUUGUUAAAAAUGGCAUAUUUAAUUUUUAAUAUAUCACAGUGGCUGGGGUUUAUGGCAAAAGAAAUCAUCAUCUAAAUAUGUCCUCUUCCAUGCACCAAUUGUGGCAGGAUGUCCAAGCAAAUGAGUAUUUUGAGCUCAGUGAAAACCCUUGAAUCAGUGACGUGCUUCAUCCAAGAUUUAUCCCCUUGUCUUUCUGUGGCAGCUGGUAAGAGGGAGGUGCCCUCCAAGGCAGCAAGACAUGGCACAGUGGCAUGGUCAGCUGCAAUUUUGGGCUACAGCACCACUCACAACAUAAACUGCUUUACCCACAUGGGUAUGAGUGCACCCUUGGUGUACAAAGAGCCGAGAAUGCCAAAUGAACAUGUGGAUAAUUGAGCUCCCUUUGCUCUACAUGUGACCCCUCAGCUUAGCAAUAUGGAAAUGGCAGGAUUUUCAAACCCUCAUGUUGAGCCUUGUUGAUGAUCCUUAUGUCAAGAAGCCCUUUCCCAGCAUGGUAGCCAGUAGAACUCACCUGCAUGUCAUAGGCACAGCAAAUUGAAUGGGCUUACUGUCUUCUAUAUGUCCUAUGUAAAAGAAUGAAACAUUUCUACCUGAGCCAUGUUUGUUUGUUUGCUUUAAGCAUUCCUGCUGUUUAAAUUGAUGUUAAUCAAUAUGCUUCUGGUGAGUUGGUGCAGUAAUACGAGCAAAACAACUUGAAAAGGAAAAAGACUACAUGGAAGACCCCAGUGGUAUCCUCACACUGUGGCUGGAUUUUGGAUCCUCAAAAUGCUGGGGUUUUUUUCAUGGAAAGAUGUCAGGAAUUCAGAAAGUGCUCUUUCAGUCAUUUUUAGAACGAUUUAGAAGAAAACUCAUGGCGGUUCAGUACCCAUAUCCCAUUGAUAUAUUUUUUUAUCACAGGAGGCAGUUUAGAAUCAAAGAACGUGGUAAAAGAAGCCAAGAUAUAUUCUAGUCUGUGUUGUUUUGGAAGUUUCCUUUUCCUGUUCUAAUUAAAUUUCCCAUUUUCCCCUGAAUAUUCUGCCUCUAACAGCACAUAUAAAACCUUAUGGCUCAUACUAUUGCAGAUAAAUUUCGUGUCUUCAUCAUGGAACAAGCUGCAAUUCCCAUUUAAUUUUCUUACCAACAGCAAGCAGUAACUGUGUACCACUGAUGUCCAUUUUUCAGAGUAUGAGGAGAGCAGAGAGUGGAUGUCUCCAGGUGUAAGAUGAAGAAUAGUCUGUGCCAUCACAUUCUAUUCCAGAGGAACAUUUUCUAGAGUUCUUUAGGCAGCUGACUGUGGUGCUAGAUCUUUGUCUCAGUUUCUCCACAAUUUUGCUGCUCUUUCAAAUGCCUUUGAGAUACCCACAGAUGAUGCUGAGGGAAGAAUUAAUUUCUACUGCCAUUGUUGAAGACUCUGUUCCUGCUAGAAACUUUCUGGGUUUAUUUUGUUUAAAAGAACAACCAAGGAAAAAAUUCAGCAACAAACUCUUGGACUGUAUUUGCCACCACUGCAAAGUCUCUGAAGCACUCCUUGAGUGUGUGUUAUGUUUUUUACCAAAGCCAAAUAUCUUGAGCACUUUUUUCUUCCCAUGACCAGAUUCUCUUCCUAUUUUUGUCUGACUACACAAUUCAUUAUGAUUUUUUUUUCUCUGAUGGUGGAGAGUCUUGAUCAUUCUUUGUCAUUUUAUUUAUUUAAUUUUUCA